CCAACAAUUUUAUUGCGAUGAGAUAACUAUUAACAAAUAUUUAAUGUAGAUCAACAUUCAAGGCCAUGAUCUUUAAAUACUUCAAUAGGGAAUGAUUCAUAAUUUUCCAAAGGACAAGCAACUCCAAAUAUUUGCUUAUGUAGAUUUUCAUAUCCUGCCUCGAAUUUAGCUGUGAAGAUGGUAGAAAACUUUAUUGCGUUUCAUCGAUGUUUUCAUUCUCUUCCGUUACUAGACUAAACUUUGAAGUCAUGAAGGAUUUCUGUGUAUAUUGGGGAAUCGGAAGGAAAAGCUGUUAUGUCAACCCGUGAAUCAGACAUACACUAGCGUCCAGCAGAGCAUAUCGAAAAUAACGGUGGAAUGCUGCAUUAAAUGACAGUGGAUUAGAAAGAAUGAGAACAAUCCAGGGAUUAUGAAGCAUAAACAAUCGCAAUGAUACUGCCAUUGGUUGCUAUGAAAGCUUCCUGUAGUUAGACACCUUUGUUGUUGUGGCCUUCAUCACAGGCCUCGUGGUCUUAGAACUGAAAAUAUUUAUGCUAAAUGAACAGGAGAUAAAAGAAAACAUCAGAACGCUGAUAAUGAAUUAAUGGUUUGUGGGAACAGGCUAAAUAAUAAGCUGUCAGACUUGGCAACAGUAUAAAGAGAAGUGAAGGCUUCACUAUAAGAAUCAAAACGAUGGAAUGCGAGGGAGAAAUUCGACAUGUCGAUGGCAAAGAAGACUUCGUCUCGUGUGGAUAAACUUAGCAACUUUACAAAACAGACCGAGGCCAUGCAGACAGAAGCGGCGAACUUAACGCUGUACAGGGGAGCUGCAUUCAGGCUCCCGGCACUGCAAAGAGAUCGGAAUGAAGAUCCCCGGGACAAUCAGCCACCUUCGAAAGUGGCACAUAUUUGCCCGCGGGAGCUGCGUGCAAUGCAAGCGUCCGAAAGUACGUUGGUUGCUAAACAAAGGCGUUAUCUCCUGCAAAAAUCGAAGGCAUUGCUGAAGCGGAAAAGAAAUGUAGAAAUAGUGGGGAGAUGUUCCCCUUUAUUACCGAGCAUAAACAAUUCGCGGCAGCAAGCUGAUGAGAAAUCAGAUCUGCAAAAUUCUGUUGAUGUCAUGAGCUUUCUUACAAGAGAAUUGACGGAGGUCAAUGAUGCUAUUGAGAACAGCCAAAUCAGUCUGCGAAAAGACACUUUAAAAGGCCUUCGGAAAGUAAUAGCCGGUGUACUCCACACAUUGAGGCAAGACCAAAUCAAUGUGAGCCUUGAUUUAAUGGACUUAUCCAACAAGAUGAAGUAUGAAAACAUCACACAAGCAGUUCCUCUGAGCCCUCGAGUGUUGAACAAAGCAGAAAAGAGAGAGCCUGUACAGCGAAGACCCCAUAUAUGCAAGGGCUGUAAAGAUGGAGGCCUUCUGCCAUGGCUAUACCUGUAUCCGGAUCAUGAAGUCUACCGAACCGGAGGUGGAUUUGAUUGUGUUGAAUUUCACCUACCAUGUGUUCAUUCUGAAAAGCCGUUAACAAAACCGAAGGACCCUUUUGUAAAGGAGAGGGGAAAACUGGUUGAUACCUCAAUGCAUCGCUUACCUGAAAAAUCAGCCACACAGACAACCAAACCAUUGCCAUUUAAAUUAAGCAAGCCAAAGAUAUCCUUAGAGGUGAGAUUAGAAAUACCGGAAUCGGAUCAACACCCACUUUCUCCGGUCAGCAAAGUAAAGUUUGGUAAAAGGAAGAAAGAUUUUGCGCCUGCAACACAAACAUGCUCUGCAAAGGAGGAGCACCGCGGUGGAAAAGACUCACUUUAUUCUUCUACUGAGACGAUCGUUAUUGAUAAAGACAAGGAACUGGAAGGAAACAACGUGAGUCAGCAAAGUCAGAAGACCCUUGCAUCCUCAGGGUACGACAGUGGCUUUGUGACCGCUGUAUCAUCAGCAUCGGAGAACCAGACGUUUGAGAAAAAUGACGUCACAAAUACCGACAGAGAAUCAUCACGGCCCUCAAACCUCAGCGAUCUAAAUCAUCUCCGUAAAAGACUCACUGGUUACGAAGAACUUAAAUCUGUUAGAAGCCCUAGGCAAACGCUAGAAGCUGAGGCACACAAAGGUCCAAAGAAGCUUGUUGUGCGAAGAUCCAUGUCGAUAACGCCAAAUACAAAUGACAUAAAGUCGAUUCACAAUUCUGCUCUUCUCCCUAAUGUCGACAGCACGUCCCCUGUAGCAAAUAAUGCUUUUGGAGUGAGAAAAAAGCAGCCAUUGAAACCAGUUGGUUAUCGAAAGAAAAUCUCGUCUGUCGAUGGCGUAGAAAAAAUUGGAAAAGAUCACACAUCGAGCAUUUCAGAUAUGUCUGUGAACUUUUCAAGUUCAUUAUCAAUUGGAACAUCCCAACAGGAUAUCCUGGAAGAUUAUUCGGACUUCACACUCACUGGAUCAAGAGUUGUUGGGUUGAAAAGACUUGCCAAGGACCAUGAAAGACGAAAGGCUGCCAAGUCGAACAACAACGGUCGCAAGGCCUCGAAAGCACUUGAUGACGUCAAUCAUGCUGAAGAAGAGGGGCGCGAAAGGAAGCGAUUGAACCAGCGUAAGGCAAGUCGAAACGAAAGCAAGCGAAAAUUUAGCAAGAAAGGAAGUAAUACCAAGAAGAUGGGAACCACGGAGGUUUUCGUAGACAUAUUCUCGUCAAUGUCACAAGAAAUCUAUAAUUCUGAUUCUGAGUCAUUUGAGAUGGAUUCCAACUCACGAGGCUCAAGCUCGAAGGCCUUGGAACGAAUAGAUUCAAAAUUCAGAAUUGUAGAGGAAGAGGAAGAAGAAGCUGCUAAUGUUGGAGAUCAAGAUGGCAUUAAAGAGGAAUCUCUCAAUAAUAACGAAAGCAUUGACUCUUACAUGGAUUUCGCCGAAAGGUCACUUACAGACGAGAUAAAUGAGUUAGAAAAUGCUGAGAUGGACAUAGAGGUCGACAAUCACUUUUCUGGAGCUUUGAAAUCAAACGAAGAAAGUGAAGGAAUGGAUGAGUUUGAUGACCUUGCUAUUGAUUCAGACCAACGUGGAAAGAAAGUUCGUAAACGAUUGAAAAGAAGAAAAACCCUGCAGUUCAGAAAUGAGCCACUCUCUCGAUACACGUUGAAAAGAAGACAAAGAAAGGAAACAGAGGCUCUUCAGGAUAUGGAAGAAGAUUUGAGCAUGUUGGAUUAUGCUGCUAGAUACUGCAUCAUUAGUCUUGAAAGAUUAUCCAAGUAUGAAAACGUCUUCAGUUCCUACGCUGCUUGCAAUGGUGAUGACAAUGGUAUGCAUAGUGCGGGGGAGGAUCAACUUGAUGCAAUGGCAUUUGGUGAAACAGACGAGCAGAGAAAAAUCUUGAAGGAAUAUGAAAGACUGAUUUACAGUAUGGAUUUAUAUCAGCAAAAGAUUUCAGAAGCAGAGAAGAAAAAGACCGAACUUAAAUGUGAAAGGGAUACUAUUAUUAGAAACAUGAAGGAUAGUAGGCAGUUAGAUGUAGAGAAGAAGAAACUACUGGAGAAGUCUCUGCAAACAUUAGCAAAAAAGAUCGCAACAGUUGAUGAUCGCAUCGAACAAUUUGUUGACAACGUGAAAAAUAUGAUGAUUAAGAAGCGGAGCAUGGAAGACAGAUUACGAGAGCUUAGUAUGGACAAUGAGACGGUUGAUAAACUGAUAAAAAACUGCGACUUUUUAGGAAGAAAAUUCGCAAAGCUAAAGUGUUUGAAGAUCAACGUGGAAGAUUUACCUGAAGCACUGAAAUCAUUCAAUUCUAACUUUGAUGAGGAAGACUUUCUCUUUGUCAAUCACGUGCUGCAGCUGCCACAAAAAGACUCUUUGGAUUUCAAAGCUUUUGCAGUUGUAUCGGCUCUAACGGAAAGAGUAAAGUCUCUCGACAAAUCGAUCAAAGCGCUUUUGAAGGAAGUUGAUCUUGGAACCCUGGAAAGAAAGCUAGAUAAAUGCAAGGAAUUAUAUCGAUUGCUAUCAGAAGAACACCAUGAUGGAAACAGAAUAGUCCCGCUGGAAAAUUUAUUAGUCGAGCUUCAAGCUGGAGGCCUGGACCAAGAUCAUCAAAGAUCGGUUAUUGACAAAUUGAAUCAUCAUGGACAUGGAUUUAUAGACUUUCUUGAUUUCGUUCUCUAUAUACCCCUGUUUCUGAUGAUUCACGACCAAAUAGUAGCAAAGCCAUUCGAAUGAAGUCACUGGUUGUCAUUCCUCAUUGGCAUUUGCCUAAGGUACCGGCCAAAACCUGGAACCGUCACGAACAACACCAAGAUUGAAGAAUCAAAGUAAGCAAUCCUGCUGGCGAGUAGUCAUUGUCCUAUAUGUUACUGAAAAAAGGGGACAAGUUGGUAUUUAUUUAUGGUCAUUAAACUUCGUACUCGUUUUCUUCCUUGCCUGUGCAGUACAUAUGGACCCAUUCAUCCAACCAUUUGCUCAUUUAGCAGAUUUAUUUGCUUUGAGUAUAACAAGGCUGUAAAUUUAAGGGCUUGGGCUGAAGAAGCUGAAGGGAUCCCCCUCCAUCCUGGAGUCUGAACUUUUUCGACUGCCAGAUAUCAAAUCUCUGGGCUGUCCGUAAACCCCUUUCGUCCUUUUUCAACGAGGUCCUGCGUCUGCACGUAGUGUCUUCCAACAAACGUACUGAUAGCCAUAUACUGUAUAUUUUCUUUAUCUACGACGUAUCAACAUAGGGCAAUGAGGACUCAGUUUCAAAUAGGAUCGAUUUUUGAUAACAUGAGCAGGGAUGGCGCCAAAAAAGAAGUGCUGGGGGGGGGGCUGUAAUGUCGGAGUGCCAACAGUGAGUGAACCACCCACGAAGAUGUAGUAUCACAUCAUUUCCGCUGUGGUGAUUCUAGUUCAAAAGACUAUUGAAGUUAUGAAAGUGCUGACAUUGCUUAAAAUUUUUCAAAAAUUCAAGUGCCGACGGGGGGCCCAAUUAAUUUUUGGGGCUCCUGCCCCCAAGCACCCCCGGUGGCGCCAUCCCUGAACAUGGGCUGUCAACAUGUCACGAUUUUUUAAAGAAUAAAUUCCUUAAAUGUUGUGAUUAGGGUAUGGAAAGGAAAAUCUUUCUGGGAUUUGACAAAUAGAUUGUCAAAAUGUACACAGGCAUUGCGUUUUAAAAAGUCAAUUCAAUUGAAUUUUAAAUUGUAAAAACAAUAUUUAUCAUCUAUUUAUUUGUUAGAGCUUAAAUUCAAUUUUAUCAUAUAAAUUUAUUGACUUUUCCGCGAGAA